AUGCCAGAUCUAAAUAAGUCGGUUCCGGCCGCGACAUCGGCAGGAAGAAAACGCUCUCUUUCUCCUAGCUUGCGCUCCAAGCCUGGUAAAUCUAAUGUUGCCGCUACCAAACGGCGUUCACGUUCUCGAUCACGGGAAGUGAGCAGACGCACUGGGGGUGUGACCCAGAAGAAUGCUUUGAAGCGACGCGCCACCUCUGAAUCUUCAAAAUCUUCAUCAUCCUCGUCCUCAGGUUCUUCCACAUCAAGUGGUUCGAGCAGUUCCUCAGCCUCAUCUUCAUCGGCCUCAACUGAUUCGUCACGAUCUCAAUCAAGAUCACCCCGUCGGCGUCAUCCGACCAGCAAACCCCCAACUAUUAAAUCAAAAGCGGCUGAUAGUCAGACUCAGCAAAAGCCUUCUCUCACAGGACACUCGGGCGGGGAUACAAGUGGGCGAGCUAGACAAUCUAAUGACAAAUCCAGACCAACAGCCUGA